CUAAUUUUAUACACAUGCAGCAAUAGGUGUGCCUGAAAUAGCCGAUUCCGCUAAUUUGAAGGGGUGUCCACAUACUUUUGCAUAUAUAGUGCAUCAUAAAGCAGGACAUGACUGACUAGCAUAGCUAUGUUCUAAAUUGUCAUGUAAGGUAUCGGUCUAUCCUACCUGCCUGCAAAUUCGCGUUCCUGUUCCUCAGACAGUGUUCAUAAGGUUCGUCCUACUGACUUGCGCGAAGCAAUUGUGGCUGGUUUGCAGGGACGAGAGGCAUUGCUAGAGUCUGGCUGCUAGCUAACUUAGCAAGCACUCAGUUGCUUGAAUGACUGUAAAUUCACGACAGUUGAAAAAUAAUCAGUCCAUUUCUGUAACUGUCAGACGAAGACAUCUUCCCAGUUUAGCAUAGUUAUUCGACUUUCCUAUUGCCUAUCGAGACAGUUCUGUAAACUAGCUCCACAUAUAGUACAAAGAGCUACGACUGAUGUGUUAGUUACAAAAAAUAUUCCCGGAAAAACCUUUGACUUGAAGGAAACAAACUUCUGUGGUCACAGUGCGGUGCUAGGAGUCCUCGCGUCUACUUUCGUAAUGCACCAAUAUGAUGCAACAAUAUUGUAACAUAGCCUGACACAACGCAUCCAUUUUUAUAUCCAUAAAAAUACUGUUGUGUCAUUUCCGUACCGGACUUACUGAACUUCCAUACGUUACGUGAACUUGUGAAACGUCAUAACAAACGACGAUAUGAACAGCAUAUAGUGUGAUUACUAAAAUCAACAUCGAUUUUUUUUCCAAUUUGCUGGCUUGAGGAUUCGGACCAGCGACCUUAAACGCUAGGCUACAUGCUGGAUUCAUUAACUAAUAUAUUGUACACAUCAUUUAUUUUGUUAUUACUUUUUCGUUUUUUGACAAACAUAUCCCUCCCCAAACUUUCAUAGCUGGGUCACAUUUCCUUAACUGUGUUGAGUGUGCUCAAUCAUCCUGCCGCUUGCCCUACCCUGUAGAUAAGUUGUAGAACCAGUUUCUUUGUCCCUUCAAUUCAGCUACCUGAACCAAGCUGUAGCUGUUCCGCUAGGUGGUGAACACCUUUUCUGUGCUGCAGAGGGAAGGUACCGUUCUGAGAGAGCCGCUCUCAAUAAGAAGAGCUGGUAGUAACCCUUAGACAGUUAGAGUAGCGGAAAAACUUUGAUGAGUUUACUUACAGGCAGCUGCAGACAAGGAAGUGUGUCUACAGUUAAUGGGCAGCUGCUGAUGUUUUUCCCUCCCCCCUAAAGUUGUGGGAUACUUGUGACUUCUUACAGAUGGAGGCUAGAUGGUGCAGGGUGAGCACACUGCUCGUUGGCAGCACAGGAUGGGACUGAAGUGCCAGAGUAGACUACAAAGGUGCUACUUGUUCUCUGUGUCUCCUGUCUCAUCCCCUGGCUCCUAAGCCUCUUCACGUUUGGUUUGUCACGCAGCCCAGAGACACUUAGUAUCCAGGGCUGAAACAGUGCUGUAAUCAGAUGGACGUCAUCACUGCUCAUCACUGCUCUCCUGUCUCCUCCAUCUCAAUGGAAAGUGAAAUACGGGACUGACUACUGUGGUGACCCUCCCUUCUGUUUGAUCCUUGACCUUUGAACUGGGACCUGUGUUCUGUGCUCCAGGCAACGAGGUGGCAUAUCUCUGCUCUGCAUAAUUUUGGAAACGUUCUAGAGACAUUGUUGACACAGUUUUAGGCCUCCUAGUUGUGUUGAUGUUUCGAAGCAAGCUUAGACUAAACAGACAGCUGUCCCUUUUACCCUUGAUCAGUCUAUUGAAACUAACAACCUAAGCCAUAUCUCCCGAUUUGAGAGCACACUUUCCUGAAGUAAUACACACACAUCUCAAGUUUCCUGUAUCCUGGUCCUGGGAGCUGAAGCGUGAGUCGCCAUGGCGACGGACUCUCCCAACCCCUCCCUGAGGUCCAGAGUUACCAUGAUGACGGACAACGACUCCUACGUGAGCACGGCCAGCCUCCCCUGCUGCCACUUCCUGUCCGCCAAUGUCCUAAACGUGGUGGAGAAAUGCAUGAGCUCCAUGCAGACAGGGACCCAGAUGGUGAAGCUGCGCGGCGGCUCCAAGGGACUGGUGCGCUUCUUCUACCUGGACCAACACAAGUCCUGCAUCCGCUGGCGGCCUUCUCGCAAGAACGAGAAGGCCAAGAUCUCCAUUGACUCCAUCCGAGAGGUGUGCGAGGGUAAGCAAUCUGAGAUCUUCCAGCGCUACUCUGAGGGCAGCUUCGACCCCAACUGCUGUUUCAGCCUGUAUUAUGGCGAGCGCUUGGAGUCCCUGGAUCUAGUGUCCAGCACAGGCGAGGAGGCGCGUACCUGGAUCACCGGCCUCAAGUACCUGGUGGCGGGCAUCAGCGACGAGGACAGCCUGGCCAAGAGGCAACGCACCCGUGAUCAGUGGCUGAAGCAGACAUUUGCGGAGGCAGAUAAGAACGGUGAUGGCAGCCUGAGCAUCAGCGAGGUCCUGCAGCUCCUCCACAAACUCAAUGUCAACCUACCCCGCCAGAAAGUCAAGCAGAUGUUCAAGGAGGCAGACACAGAUGACAACCAGGGCACCCUGGACUUCGAGGAGUUCUGCUCCUUCUACAAGAUGAUGUCGACUCGCCGUGAUCUCUACUUGCUCAUGCUCACCUACAGCAACCACAAGGACCACCUGGACAGCAUCGACCUGACCCGCUUCCUGGAGGUGGAGCAGAAGAUGACCAAGGUGACCAAAGACCAUUGCCUUGAGAUCGUGAACAAAUUUGAGCCCUGCUCCGAGAACCAGAAGCAGGGAGUUCUGGGUAUUGAUGGUUUCACCAGCUACAUGCGCAGCCCGGCGGGGGACAUCUUCAACCCGGAGCACUACGAGGUGACCCAAGACAUGUCGCAGCCGCUCUGCAACUACUUCAUCGCUUCGUCCCACAACACCUAUCUGAUGGGCGACCAGCUCAUGUCCCAGUCCCGCGUCGACAUGUACGCCUGGGUGCUGCAGGCCGGCUGCCGCUGCGUGGAGGUGGACUGCUGGGACGGGCAGGACGGAGAGCCCAUCGUGCACCACGGCUACACACUCACCUCCAAGAUCCUCUUCAAAGACGUCAUCGAGACCAUCAACAAGUACGCCUUUUUGAAAAACGACUACCCAGUGAUCCUGUCCAUAGAGAACCACUGCAGCGUCCCCCAGCAGAAGAAGAUGGCCCAGUACCUGGUGGAGGUGAUGGGAGACAAGCUGGACCUCUCGGCCGUCAAGGCAGACGAACAGGGCCACCUGCCCUCCCCAGACACCCUCAAAGGGAAGAUCCUCGUCAAGGGCAAGAAGCUCCCGCCGAACAUCGACGAGGACAACGAGGAGGGCGACGUGACGGAUGAAGACAGCGCUGACGAGAUGGAGGACGACUGCAAACUGAUGAACGGAGAUACAUCCAUGACCAGGAAGCAGGUAGAGAACGUGGCUAAGAAGAAGCUGGACAACCUGCUGAAGGAGUCUAAGAUCCGCGACCGGGAGGACCCAGACAGCUUCACCAUCGCCACCCUGUCCCCCACGGGGAAGCCCACCGAUCAGUCAGCCUCCAAGGGCAAAGGUGAUGAUGAUGCUGACACAGGGGACGAAGCCAACCCCAGCACCAACAAGCGUCUAGGCAGGAGCUUCAUGGGAAGUUUCUCCAAACGCAAGAAAAAGGCGGCCAAGCUGAAGAAGACCAACAGCCUUGAGGACACUGACACGGACCAGGAGAGCACCAGCAUGGCCUCCCGCGCCCCCUUACACCACAGCAGGAAGAAGAAGACCAUGAAGCUGUCCAGGGCUCUGUCAGACCUGGUCAAAUACACCAAGUCAGUGGGCGUCUCCGACAUAGAGACACAAGCCGCCAGCUCCAGUUGGCAGGUGUCUUCUCUGAGCGAGACCAAGGCCCACCAGAUCAUGCAGCAGAAAGCUGCCACCUUCAUCCACUUCAACCAGCGGCAGCUAUCACGCAUCUACCCCUCCUCCUACCGUGUGGACUCUUCCAACUUCAACCCACAGCCGUUCUGGAAUGCUGGAUGCCAUCUGGUGGCGUUGAACUACCAGUCGGAGGGGAGAGUGCUCCAGCUGAACCGAGCCAAGUUCAACAGCAACGGCAACUGUGGUUACAUCCUAAAGCCGGCCUGCAUGUGUGAAGGUGUCUUUAACCCUAUGAUGGAGGACCCGUUGCCGGGGCAGAUGAAGAAACAACUGGUGCUGAAGAUCAUCAGCGGGCAACAGCUGCCCAAGCCCAAAGACUCCAUGCUGGGGGACAGAGGAGAGAUUAUCGACCCCUUUGUGGAGGUGGAGAUCAUUGGUCUGCCAGUGGACUGCUGUAAGGAACAAACCAGGGUGGUGGAUGACAAUGGCUUUAACCCCAUGUGGGAGGAGACACUGGUGUUCACGCUGCACAUGCCCGAGCUGGUGCUGGUCCGUUUCCUGGUGUGGGACCACGACCCUAUUGGCCAGGACUUCAUUGGCCAGCGCACCAUUGCCUUCAACAGCAUGAUACCAGGUUUUCGCCACGUGUAUUUGGAAGGUAUGGAGGAGGCUUCCAUCUUUGUUCAUGUGUCUGUACAUGACAUCACUGGUAAGGGCAAGGUGGCCAGCGGCAUAAAAGGGCUGUUUCACAGAAACCCAAAGCAGGCUUCUCUCGACAGCCAUGUUGCUGCACAGCUCAGCCGUAAGCACCCAUUCGGAGCCCACCUGCUGCGCCGCACGGCCAGCGAGCCCACCAAGGGCGAGCCCAAGGUCAAGAAGGGUUUCCCCGAGAUCGCCAUCGACACCAAAGACUACAGCUCGGAAGGGGCCAGUGAGGACCGUGAGUCAGAGGACAGGGAUCUCAGCGCCUCACCCCAGCCCCCGCAGCUCCACCAGCGCAACGGAGACGCCACGGACGCAGCUGCUCCCGACACGCCACUCCAAGGCACCAACGGGCACCACAGCACCAACGGGCCUUUCAACCCCGAUGAGGGCAAAGACCAUUCCACAGGGCAGAGACCAGCUCCCCCUCUUUCACUGUUCAGGCCAAUCGCUGAAGAACUGGGUGACAGACAUCUCACUCGCUCCGCUUCUACUCCAGCAGACCACUCAUCAACACGUCACUCACCCCUCCCUCCAGCCACAGCAAUAACCACCACCACUCCAUCCCCUGCUUCUAAUAGUGAGGCGGACAGUCCCGUCAAGGGAAGGGGGGUCAGCAAAAUACCCCCUGUCCUUCACAGGACCACCUCAGCCCCUGUCGUACCGGACCCCAAAGACCUGAACCCCUCACAGUCCUGCAGAGACCCCCGGGUCGACAACGGCACCUCGUCACCCAUGGAGCACGCUCCAAGCCGAACGGAAGCACUGUAUACUCCGACAGACCACACAAAGGACGAUGCCGAGCGCAAGACUGAGACGAGGGCAGAGUCUCCCGCUCUUCUCGCCGACCACUCUGUCUCCAGCCCUCAGAAAGUCCAGGUCCUGAGAACGAUGUUCGGCGGCAAUCAGUCACGCACGCCCGUCAGAAGGACCAAAAGCGAGGGCUACGUGCGGUCGUCGGCGGCUGGGGGGCAGCAGCAGGAGUCUGCCGUGCCGGAGGUGUGCACAGACGCCACCCUGAAUGACCGGCUGUGGAGCAAGCUGGAGCCCGAGCCGGGCAACCACCGAGACAGCGUGUCCUCGUCCUCCAGUAUCUCGUCCAACGACACCGUCAUUGAUCUGUCUCUGCCCAACCUCGCCAGGAAGAGCCUCACCUGCCUGAACAGCGGGCCCUCCCCAUCUGACAACACCUUCCAGGACCCACCCUCCUGGGUCACCAGGCCACGCUCGGCCAUCACCUCUUUUGACACGCUGCGGGUCAGCAAGAGCAAGUCCAAUCCCAACCUCCGGCAGGGCCACCCGGGGGAGCCAGAGGACGAGCUGCAGCCCAGACCCCUCGGAGCCCCCAGGGAGCCUCCAGUGGACUCACCCAGCAGAAUUACCCAGAGGAGGCACACCUGGAGCCGCCUCUAUAUGGAAGGGCUGAAGCAGUCCUCCUCCCCAGCCAAGAAGCCCUCUGCAGCAGCAGUCCUUACUGCUGCAGCUGCCAGCCCCCUGGAUACCGGAGCCUCUAUGUCCAAGAGUCUGGGGGACUUGACUUCGGACGACAUCGCUUGCAACUUUGACAGCAAGUACCGCAGCAUCAGCCGCAGCUUCAUUGUAAGGCCCUCCAGGAACGAUCUUCGACGAGGUCUCCAGAGGCCCCGGCCGCCAAGCGACCUGACAGAGCAGCUGAGGAGGCUGACGGAUGUGGAGCCCCUGACGGCACGAGACUUCGCCACCCAGGCACAGCAGGAGUCCCCGGAGGAGGCUCAGGAGGAACCCCCACUUCGGAGAAUGUCCUCCCGGAGUCAGAGCAGGGUGCGCUACAUCGCCAACAGGGCCAAGGAGGCCCAGGAAAGGAAGAGGCUGCAAGGUCUCAACCAGCCCCACCUAGCUGCCGGCGUCGCUAGCAUUAGCAUUUUCGGAGGCGGUAGCCCUAUUGAAGAGCGGGGUAACCCGGAGGGGGCGUGCUGCGUAGCCCAGAGCCCCUGCACUAGUUUGGACCUGUUAAGCCAGCUCAGCCCCCCGGGGCCGCCCCCCAACAGACAGUCCCAGACACAGUCCCAGACCUCCCCAAACUCUGACAACAAUGAGGUCUUUUUCAUGCUCAAGCUCUGAGAAUCAGAUUUGUUUUGGACCGGACCGUGAGAGACACUGAAGCUAAACUAAUUUAGAAUUCCAUCCAGCUUUCUAGGAAGGGGAAAUUGUCAUUUAUAAAGAAAGGGAAUUCUGUAUAUCUUGACAGGAUGCAUUUUUAAAUGUGUUUAAUCAAGCACUGAAUAAUGCUACUUCUUCCAGAAACUUCCAGAUACAGUCACAAGCAGUUUUACUCUGGUCAAUGUUUCAUUUUCACUGCUCAGUAACUCAAUUGACCACACAUACACACAAACAAUAGAAACAGCGGUGAGCUGUGUUAUGAAAGCAUCCUUUACCAAUACAGUCAUUUGUUUGCACCAAAUUAGGAAUAGUGAAAUGUAAUUGGAAAAACAAACCUCUACAAUAGUUUUUAUAUGCUUGACUGUUCAGUGACUUCCACGUUUUGAGUAUUCAUUGUGAGUUGAGCUGAUCCCAAAGUAGCAAUAGACAACCAUUAGUGGAGUUUUUAAAAUUUUAUUUAAACUUUAUUUAACUAGUCAUAUCAGUUAAAUUCUUAUUUACAAUGAUGGGCUACAAGAGUCUGAUUAGAAAACCUUUUUUAAACUUGAAAUUGAAUGAUAUAUACUGUACUUUUAAACCUUAAGAUUGAAUAAUAAACUGUUAACUCAUAUAUCACCAGUAGCCCAGCCAUGUGCAAGCAAUAUUUUAAAAACAGCUAUUCGUGUAUUAUAUUGCAGAUAAUGUAGAUGAGGGAUUUUCUUUGAAGGUUGUUGUUUAGCCAAAGGCCCAUGCAGAAUCUUUACUAAAAACAACUAAAUAAGUCAAAUGACAAUAACAACACAAUCCAAAACAUGUCUUUCCAACCCAACUUGUUUUAUUCUGUGCGUACAGUGAAGUGUGAUUUGAGUGAGUAUUUUUUUACCAUGUUACCCAUUUUAUCUGUGGCUGCAUGUCUUUUAAGCACAGUAUCAUAUGUCUCUUUUUUUAUUAUUUAAAAAAAACGGUAAAUGGGACCUGAUAUUUAGACUUUUCUUUCUGUGUUCAGGCUGUUGAAUGAUGUGAUUGGUCACACUCUCUUUGUAGAUACUCGACCAGAUAGGAGGGACCCUGUUUCCACGCACGUUUGUACUGUUCCGUUUGUACUGCCAUGCCAGUUACCUGCAACCUUUUAGGAACCAUCAUUUUUGAGGUAAAAAACAGAUGUUAUUAUGAACUGAAUAAAUAUCUCUACUGUAUAUUACACAAGCAUAUUUCCUUUUUUCUUUAUUCAGUCGCAUUGGGCUCUUGUUCAGACGUUGGACUCUUGUCUCAAUGUUUGGACCAAAGAUUUAUCUUGGAACAAAAUGGGCAGCCAGAUGAAAUGAUCUUUCCAGAAGUUGACGUGUAAAAGCAGUCGGUCUUGGCACGGAGGCUCCCCUAGCUGCCCUAAUUACGGACUGCCUGGCUGGGCUGUAUUGACCAACCAUCACCUCUCCCAACCUCAUUGGCGUAGUUCACAAGACUCCCUGAUGGGGAGAAAUGUUGCAGAACAAUGUCUCUGGCCACAAUACAUGCCCAGCCAAGAAAAGAAAACAGAAGAACAUCCUUUCCAUUACAUUUGCCACCCAAGAUUUUGGAAGAUAAAAUGUUGUGGUCACACUUUUAGUGAACUACAACUUUUAAGGCCCUCAUAAGGCCUGUAUAUAGUAGCUUCAAAAGUCUUCCAGGAACUUUUGCAGUGCUUGGCAAAGCACCCGAUGUAGGGGUAUUUUAUAUAACCCUUUAGGUAUGACAUUGCUUAUAACUAAUAUUGGCAAGCAUUUGUGUAGUGCUUAUGAACGCUUUAUGACUGCUCUAUAAAGCUUGCAUAAUUUUUGGUUCAUGUGACAAAAAUG